UAGACACUUCGACGUUUCCAACUAAUCUUUGAAGUUUGAAGUCUGAAACAAAUAUAAAAUAUUAGCUAAUAAGCUAAGCUAAACGGAUAGUUUACUAUAAUUUAAUUUAUUUUAUACUAACAUAAAAUAAUGGAUGUAAUUAAAUAUGUUGGUAAAUAUCUUAAUACACCUGUGGGGCAGGUGUGUUAUAGCACAGAUAAAGUUUUGACGACUUCGUUAGAUAAAGAAAAUAUUGAAGGUUUUGCUACUAUAAUUUUACGGCUUGCUUCAAAAAGUGGAUUUAUCAUGGGACAAGAGGAAAUUUUGUUAAGUUAUCAAUGGCUGGAACACUUGGCAAUGUACGCAAAGCAAGCCUCUUCUAACCCCAGCUUUGCAAAGCUAUUUUUACAGGGCAUAAAUAAAGCUUUAGCAAGGAAUACAUACUUGACUGGGCAUCACUUAAAUGUCACAGAUGUAGCUGCAUAUCAUGUAUUGUAUCCAUUAAUUGAACAAUUAUCAAUUACCGAGCAAGAAUCUCUUCUCCAUCUAUGCAGGUGGUCGAAACAUAUUCAAGCUCAACCAAAAGUCUCUGGAAGCCGGCCGCCAUUAUCAUUAAACACAAUUUUAUUAUCAUCAUUUGCGCCAGCGGUGCAUUAAAUUAUAUUUCUUUUUACCACAAUAAUGACAUUGAUUAGUUUUUUUUUAAUUGUAAUGAAAUAAGGACUAAUAAAAUAUCUCAUUAUGA